UUAAUAUUUUCUCGAUCGCUGUUCAUAUAUCAAGCCUUCUGUGAUCUUCCAUCCUCUCACUCAGAGUCUCAGUCUCCCGGAUAUAAGCCACAGCCAGCGAGAGAGAGAUACACACAGACGAUAGAGAUGUGGCGGUGCGUUUCUCGUGGCCUUCGCUUCCGUUCUUCGGAUUCGAAGCGAUCCCUCACCAGCGAAUAUCUGAAACCUCACAUUUCCAGAUUCUUCUCUACUGAAUCGACUGGGGGAGGAUCCUCAGGCACUAGCGAGGCAGAGAUUAAAGCUGCCAUAGGAGAACUAUCUAAACAUGGGGUUGAUACUGCUGGCAUUACUGAGCUUUACCGAUCCUCAUACAGCUCUUCAUAUACUAUUGUCGAUCAUACAUAUGAUGCAGUUGUUGUAGGAGCUGGUGGGGCAGGGCUUAGAGCUGCCAUAGGACUAUCUGAGCAUGGGUUCAACACUGCUUGCAUUACAAAGCUUUUCCCAACUCGGUCACACACAGUUGCAGCUCAGGGUGGUAUAAAUGCUGCAUUAGGAAACAUGACCGAAGAUGACUGGAGAUGGCACAUGUAUGACACUGUCAAGGGAAGUGACUGGUUAGGUGACCAGGAUGCUAUUCAGUACAUGUGUAGGGAGGCACCAAAAGCAGUGAUAGAGCUUGAGAACUAUGGUUUACCCUUUUCUCGAACUGAAGAUGGGAGAAUAUAUCAACGUGCAUUUGGUGGUCAAAGCCUGAACUUUGGAAAAGGUGGACAGGCAUAUCGUUGUGCAUGUGCUGCCGAUCGAACUGGGCAUGCUCUGUUGCAUACUCUAUAUGGCCAGGCUAUGAAACAUAAUACACAAUUUUUUGUAGAGUACUUUGCAUUGGAUCUUUUAAUGGAUAAUGAUGGUACAUGCCAAGGUGUAAUUGCAUUAAAUAUGGAGGAUGGGACAUUACAUAGGUUCCAAGCUGCUUCAACAAUUCUAGCCACAGGGGGCUAUGGUAGAACAUACUUCUCUGCAACCUCGGCCCAUACAUGCACUGGUGAUGGUAAUGCCAUGGUUGCACGUGCUGGGCUCCCUCUUCAGGAUCUCGAAUUUGUGCAGUUUCACCCAACAGGUAUAUAUGGUGCUGGGUGCCUUAUUACUGAAGGAUCCCGUGGUGAAGGUGGUAUCCUGAGGAAUAGUGAAGGUGAACGGUUUAUGGAACGAUAUGCCCCUACAGCGAAGGAUCUUGCAUCAAGAGAUGUUGUUUCAAGAUCUAUGACAAUGGAAAUCCGAGAAGGUCGUGGUGUAGGACCUCUGAAAGACCAUAUCUAUCUCCACUUGAACCACUUACCUCCAGAAGUUCUGAAGGAACGGCUUCCUGGUAUCUCUGAAACUGCUGCCAUUUUUGCUGGAGUAGAUGUUACAAAGGAGCCCAUCCCUGUUUUACCCACUGUUCACUAUAACAUGGGAGGAAUUCCCACAAAUUACCAUGGAGAGGUAUUAACAAUUAAAGGCAAUGAUCCCGAUGCAGUAGUUCCUGGACUAAUGGCUGCUGGUGAGGCUGCCUGUGCAUCAGUCCAUGGUGCCAAUCGCCUUGGUGCAAAUUCUCUUCUUGACAUUGUUGUUUUUGGUCGGGCUUGUGCAAAUAGGGUUUCAGAGAUCCAUAAACCAGGGGAAAAACAAAAACCUUUGGAAAAGGAUGCUGGGGAAAAGACAAUUGCAUGGCUGGACAAACUAAGGAAUUCAAAUGGCUCAAUUCCGACCUCAAAAAUCCGUUUAAAUAUGCAGCGAGUAAUGCAAAAUAAUGCUGCUGUCUUCCGCACACAAGAAACAUUAGAGGAAGGUUGUAAGUUGAUUGACAAAGCAUGGGAGAGCUUUCAUGAUGUACAGUUGAAGGAUAGGAGUCUGAUAUGGAACUCUGACUUGUCAGAGACCAUAGAGUUGGAAAAUCUUUUGAUAAACGCAUGUAUCACCAUGCAUUCUGCCGAGGCCAGGAAAGAGAGCAGAGGAGCGCAUGCCCGUGAAGAUUUUACGAAAAGAGAUGAUGAGAACUGGAUAAGGCACACUUUGGGAUAUUGGGAAAAUGAGAAGGUUCGGCUAGAUUACAGGCCAGUUCACAUGAACCCAUUAGACGAUGAGAUUGAGUCGAUCCCACCUAAAGCACGCGUAUAUUGAAAUGUUUGCUCUUUUUGAGAAAAUGUGAAAAGUCAAGACUGCAAUAAAUUAUAUGGGUGCACAUUGACAAUAAUUGUGGCAUUCAUCAGUGUUAAAAACUGAUACACUUUGAAGCACCUGUGAAAUCUAGGAAUCGGAAGCUGGUUUUGGAUUUGCAUUAGUGAAUAAUGAUUCUUAACCCUUGUCAGUUUGAUGAUUAUAUUUUAUGUCUGAAUGUUUAA